UGGCAGCAGCCAGCCCCGCCGCGAUGCUGCUCGUCCUGCUGCCAGCCUGGAUGGCCCUGUGCGUCCUGCAGCUGCCCCUCGGCAGCACCCAGGAGUGCCUGAGCCAUCAGCAGGUGCUCAGCAUCAUGCGGCAGAUGCAGAAGCUGCUGUCGGCGCAGGAGGCUGCCCACCUCCAGGGCACGCGCAGCCUCAGGAAGCAGCUCUCGGCGCUGCAGAGCCGCGUCCAGAGGCUGGCCGGCAAGCGCAACGAGACCUGUCCGCAGCUGGCAGUGCCCGCAAACGGGCGGAAGCUGGGCCGGAGCGUGCGGGUGGGCCACGACGUUCACUUCGUCUGCGACGCUGGUUUUCGGCUGGUGGGCUCAGAGACACGCACCUGCCGGCGCGACCGCACGUGGGGCGGCACCCAGCCCUUCUGCAGAAGUAUUGAUGACUGUUCCAGCAACCCAUGUGCAAACGGUGGGACCUGCGUGGAUGGCAACCAGAGCUACACGUGCCUGUGCCCACGGGGCUGGUCAGGAACCAGCUGCCAGAGCCCCGUCUAUGCCUACUGGGUGACGCUGAGCAACUCCUCCUUCAGCCGCCAGCCCCGCUGUGCCGAGGGCCACCCGGGCUCACGGCACUGCAGCUGCGACGCCGGCUUCCAGAUGCGAGCUGGAGGCGUGUGCCAAGAUGUCGAUGAGUGCCAGCUUUUCCAGCCCAGCCCUCAGACCCGGCUGUGCCUACACGACUGCCUCAACCUACCGGGCUCCUACCGCUGCCUCUGCCCCCAGGGGUACGUGCUCCAUGCUGACCGCAACACCUGCGAGGACGUGGACGAGUGCACCGGGAGCCAGCACAACUGCACCCACGGUGAGCUUUGCAUCAACACCUUCGGGGGCCACCGCUGCGUGCGCCCCAAGUGCCCCCCGCCACGCCACAACACCAGUUAUGUCAAGACAUCCAGCUUCCAGUGCGAGAGGAACCCCUGCCCCAUGGACAGCCGAGCCUGCCGCCUGGCUGCCACCUCCAUCUCCUUCCACUACCUGCCUCUCCAGGCCAACCAUAGUGUGCCCCGCGUCCUCUUCAAGAUGUCCACCACCCGCUUCGUGGGCGACAGCUUGCGCUUCGCCAUCAUGGGUGGCCGUGGCCAGGGCGUCUUCGCUGUGCGGCGCUCCGACCGACAGACGGGAGAGCUGGUGCUCACCAGCCCAGUGGUGGGGCCAGCCACGUUGGAGGUGGAGCUGGAGAUGAGCGAGUUCUCCCGCAAGGUGCUGCUGGGCAAGCACAUCUUCAAGGUCACAGCCUUUGUGUCCCCAUACGAGUUCUGA